AUCACAUAUGAUUCAUCCAUCCAUUCUAUGAAAGCAUGAAGAUAACUAUUUCUUUCUUACUUCUUCUUCUUCCUUUGUUCGCUUCGUCCCUCGAUAAUCAUGAUCGACAGGUUUAUAUUGUCUACUUGGGAGAACACAAAGGCAAUAGAGAAUUUCACGAAAUCGAAAACAAUCAUCGAUCUUAUCUUGAAUCUGUCAAUGAAUCAGAUGAAGAAGUUGAAUCUUCUUUAGUUUACAGUUACAAACAUAGCAUCAAUGGAUUUGCAGCUCUUCUUAACCCUCAACAAGCUUCCAAAAUCUCUGAAAUGGAGGAGGUUGUAUCGGUAAUUCGUAGCGAGGCGAGAAAGUAUGUUACUCACACAACAAGAUCGUGGGAAUUUUCGGGUUUGAAGGAGACUUUUUCUCGAAAAAAUCUUGUAAAAGAUGAUAUUUUGUUGAAAUCUAAGUAUGGCAAAGGAAUCAUAGUUGGUGUCUUUGAUAGUGGUGUAUGGCCAGAGUCUAAGAGUUUUAGUGAUGGAGAUAUGGGCCCAAUUCCUAAGUCAUGGAAGGGAAUCUGCCAAACUGGCCAUACUUUCAAUUCUUCUCAUUGCAACAGAAAGAUAAUCGGAGCAAGAUACUACAUUAAAGGUUACGAACAAUUUUACGGUAAACUAAACACCACGUUAGAUUCCAUGUCCCCUCGAGACAUGGACGGGCAUGGCACCCACACUGCUUCGACCAUAGCUGGUCGGACAGUGAAAGGUGUGUCAGCCCUCGGAGGCUUCGCCAAAGGUACAGCCUCGGGCGGGGCUCCACUAGCCCACUUGGCGAUAUACAAAGUGUGUUGGGCCAUACCCAACGCAGGUAAAGAAGGCGGGAACACAUGUUUUGAGGAGGAUAUGCUCGCGGGUAUAGACCAAGCCAUUGCCGAUGGGGUUCAUAUUAUGAGCUUAUCUAUAGGAACAACUAAACCAAUUCCAUACAUGAAAGAUGGGAUUGCUUUGGGAGCACUACAUGCGAUGAAGAACAAUAUUGUUGUGUCUUGCAGUGCAGGGAACAAUGGUCCUACUGCUUCUACUCUGUCGAAUGUGGCUCCGUGGAUUAUAACAGUAGGGGCUAGUAGUGUCGAUAGGGCGUUUAUUGCCACGGUUAAACUUGGGAAUGGCAUGAUCUUCGAGGGAGAAACAGUUACACCAUACAAAUUGAAGAAAGGAAUGUAUCCAGUUGUGUAUGCAGCACAAGUAGUCGAGUCUCUAGUACCCAAAAGUGCAAUCGAUGGACAAUGCUUACCAGGAUCUUUAUCACCCGAGAAAACUAAAGGAAAGAUUGUAUUGUGCUUACGAGGGAAUGGAACAAGAGUAGGCAAAGGUCAAGAGGUCAAAAGAGCUGGUGGUUUAGGGUUCAUCUUAGGUAACAACCCACAAAACGGAGCAGAUGUUGCAGCCGACGCCCAUGUAUUACCUGCAAUAGCAGUUAAUUCAGACAAUGCCAUCAAGAUUCUAGCUUACAUCAACUCAACAAUCAACCCAACCGCGUACAUUACCAUAGCCAAAACCCUUCUGAAUCGCAAACCAGCUCCAUCCAUGGCAUCAUUCACCAGCAGAGGUCCAAACACAAUCACCCCUGACAUUCUCAAGCCAGAUAUUACAGCACCAGGCAUAAACAUCUUAGCAGCAUGGAGUGGAGCAGACGCACCAACAAAGCUUGCAACCGAUACACGUAUAGUCGAAUACAAUAUCUUAUCAGGAACAUCCAUGUCCUGUCCUCACAUUUCAGCCACAGCAGCUCUUCUAAAAGCAAUACACCCAACCUGGAGCAGUGCCGCCAUUAGAUCUGCUCUAAUAACAUCUUCUGGACUAAACAAUAACGAAGGCAAUCUUCUAACUGAUGCAUCAGGAAUCACCCCAGCCGAUCCAUUCCAAUUCGGUGCCGGUCAUUUCCGACCGACGAAAGCAGCCGAUCCAGGACUCGUAUACGAUGCUUCAUACGAAGAUUAUCUCCUCUUUCUCUGCAGCAGUGGAGUAAAUAACAUAGAUCCGUCGACAUUUAAGUGUCCGAAACAGUCGCCUUCUCCGAUGAACCUGAAUUAUCCUUCGAUUGCAAUAUCUAAGGUGAAUAGAACAGUGACUGUGAAAAGAACGGUGACAAAUGUUGGUGGAAGAAAGAGUAUAUACUUUGCGAGUGUUAAGCCGCCGGUGGGUUUCUCAGUGAAGGUAUCUCCGGCGAUGUUGAAGUUCAGUCGUGUGGGUGAGAAGAAGAGUUUUACGGUAACGAUUAGGGUUAGGGAAGAUGGAUCAUUGUCAAUGGAGAAAGGUGAAUAUGGAUUUGGAUGGUUAACUUGGAGAGAUGAAAUUCAUAUUGUUACGAGUCCUAUAGCACUCUCCUUGGCCUAACCUAAUUAAUCAUU